AUGUAUCGUCCGUUUGCCCGAUACCUAAUAAGUUAUGGAGCAGCAAAUUUAACUCUAUUAGCAACUAAGCGAUUUUUCAAUGAUUUACGUAAACAUUUAGGUGAUGACAAUUUUGAUCGACUUUUUCCUAUACAUCCAACACUCGAGCAUGUCAAUGAUGUAUUAAAAGCCUUGGCACAAAUGAGAGAAUUUCAAUUUAUUAUUUCAUCUAUAUCAAGUGGUUUUUACAUGGGUACAAAUUCAUUUAUUAACAUCAAACAAACAGUAAACGAACAUUGGAAUAAAAUAAAAUGGAUAUUACCCGAUGAUUCAAAUGAAAUUCUGAAUGACGAUAUAACAUGUCGUCGUAGAAAAUAUUUUCUUUCUAAAGAUUAA